GCAGGAAAUUAUUAGUUCACUCUGUGGUCUGAAUUGCUCGUCGUGUGUUUCAAUUUAUAUGGAAUUACGUGUGUUUUGCCAAUAACUCGAGUUUUGAAUGGCGUUCGUCGCUUUCCAAGGGCUGUGCAUUUUUUUCAGAAUUGAAUGUUGUUUUCGUGUGAUUCAAAGGGUUUUCUAAAUCUGUAGAAGACAAAAAUGCAUCAUGUGUUUUUGAUAAAUCAAUGAAGUCUAAAAACCAAAGCAUUUUAAUGAUAAGCUAAAAGAGAAAAGCAAACCGUAAAAUAAGUUUUAUAUUAUGCGUCUACUGAGAUAUAAUUUCGUGACAUAAUCAGCAUUGAUAUUGAUAUAAUGACGGGAGAAAUAACCGUCGAAUUCAUUGAACAAUUUACAUAUAUAUUGGAAAGCAAAACUAAACAUAGAAUUUAAUGGUCAAAUGAUACACGUGUAUAUUAUAUUAAUUCCGAAUGCUUCCUUCAAACCGAACGCAAAACCAGGAUUAAGCAAAGUGAUUGUUGGUCCCUCCUCACUGUCGUCGUCGGAAUAAUGAACGGCGAACUGUGUUUGGCGACGUCGGGGAUACAGUAUGACACGAUAAAUAACAACUAUAACCGCUUCAACAAGGGUCGAAGACUCACUAUGGCUACAGGGGCCCCUAACUACAAGAUUAUCCUGUGCGGAGAAUAUGGGGUUGGGAAAAGUUCGCUGUUCAGACGCUUCAUGAACGACACAUUUACGGAGGAACGGGGGAAAAAAUCGUCAAUCGGUUUGGAUCAGGCUAUACAGUGCUUCAGUGUUGCAGGAGAGGAUGUCAAGCUGACGUUAUGGGACACAGGAGGAAUGGAGCGAAUGAGUUUCAUUGGACAAAGUUAUUAUCGAGGAGCACACGCUGCGUUGUUGUGUUACAGUAUGACCAACAAGGAGACGUUUUCCAUUCUGUCACAGUAUAUCCUCGACAUUGUUAUGAAUGCUGAAGGUGCUAAAAUAUUCCUUUGCGGAAACUUUGCUGAUUGUGAAAGUGACGAUCGCGUUAAUGAGACGGAUAUUGAGAAUUUUACCCGUGAGUGUGGUAAUGUGUUAUCAGGCUCGUAUCAAGUCUCGUGUAAAGAUCGGACUGGUGUGACUGAAAUGUUUAGAGAUAUGGCGCGAGUUUUGCAUCGGGAAAACACCAAGAAGAUGACUAUGAGAAAUGACCUUAUUCGUCCAGGGGAAACGCAGGAAUUGACAGAGGAUCACAAAAGAAAAUGUUGUACGUCCUCCUGAUCUGUUUUAUAUGCCUUAUGACAUUGAAUGCAAUCUUUUCAUAUCAUAUAUUUAAAGCACUAUUAUAAGCUUGUUUGUGUUUUGAAGAAAACAAAUGUUGAUGUAUUGGCAUUAUAUAAGCCUUUGCAUGUUGCCAGGGCCUAUUCACACGUGUAUAGAAAGGGUCUGCUUUGGCAUAAAUAUUUAGAGUUAUGCCCCUUGUUUGACUGCGAAACAGGAACAGACAGUGGAUGCAUGGUGUUCGCUCUGUGGCACACUUGUUCAGUGUGUGUAUACCAUAUGAUAAAUUACUAUUCAUUGACAAUUUUAAAUGAAACAUAGCCAGUCUAAGCCUCAUAAAAAGCCUCGUCUUUUAUUAGAGUUCAAUUUAGAGUUUAGUUUCCUAAACACUUUGACAAACCUUUUCACAAAACUGCAGCCUGAUGGAACACUGUCAAAACAUUCUUUUGGAAACAGGUUUGUCAAAGUGUUUGAGAAAACUAAUCACCUAAACAAUCACCGGAAAGGAAACGAAGGCAGGGCUCUUAAAGCAGCAUAUACUACCCUUUGUUUCAUUUUAAAUGGUGAAGAAAAAGAAAUGUUAUCUUUGUAAAAUCAUCACUCGUAUUAAAAUGGUGCCUUCCGACAUAGCAUUUAUGACGUACCAAGGAAUUAUUCAUGUGAUAUACACACACUGUUGUUGAUAUUUAUUUUUGAUAUUACAAUUUUGAAUCUCUGCAAAAGAAUGAUUUAUAUGAAAUGUCAAUAUUCGUAAUAAAUUUGAAUUUUGAUUUAUUUCUUAGUUUAAGUGAAACUUCCUUGUCUGCAUCCAGUACAGAAAAUAUUUUUGUUUCUAUUUGUAAUAGCUAUAUUGCAUGUAAAUCUAUACAAAAGUGCUUCGUUUGUACCAUUUUAAUCACACUUGUUUAUAUAUUCAGGGUUUUUUCACAUAUAUUCAGGAAAUUAUUUAAAAAGAUCUCUCAAAUAUGUAAGAUUUGUAUUGCAGAUGAAUCAUUUUGCUAAAUUUUGGAACAAAACAUAAAGCCUACUCCUAUAUUUGAACAUGUAGUACAUCUGUUAUAUGAAUUUCAUUUAAAUACCCUUCAUUGUUUUGUUUUUGUGUUUGUUUGUUUUUGAGAUGUAAACGAUUUUCGAACAAUAAGAAUUGCACUUGUUACAACUAGUGUUCUAAUUUUAUUAAGUUUUUGACAGAUGAUUUUUUUUCAACUGAAACAUUAUUGUAGCUUUGUUAGACUUUUAAGUAAAAUUAAAAUAGCAUAUUGUUUAGGCCAAGUAAAAUAUCGCAAUGUUAAGGCCAAGUAAAAUAACACAAUGUUUAUUAGGCCAAGUACAAUAUCACAAUGUUGAGGCCAAGUAAAAUAACACAAUGUUUAUUAGGCCAAGUACAAUAUCACAAAGUUUAGGCCUAGUAAAACAAUGUUGAGGCCAAGUAAAAUAAAAUGCAAUGUUAAGGCCAAGUAAAAUAACACAAUGUUUAUUAGGCCAAGUAAAAUAUCACAAUGUUGAGGCCAAGUAAAAUAACACAAUGUUUAUUAGGCCAAGUAAAAUAUCAUAAUGUUGAGGCCAAGUAAAAUAACACAAAGUUUAUUAGGCCAAGUAAAAUAUCACAAUGUUGAGGCCAAGUAAAAUAACACAAAGUUUAUUAGGCCAAGUACAAUAUCACAAAGUUUAGGCCUAGUAAAACAAUCUUGAGGCCAAGUAAAAUAAAAUGCAAUGUUAAGGCCAAGUAAAAUAACACAAUGUUUAUUAGGCCAAGUAAAAUAUCACAAUGUUGAGGCCAAGUAAAAUAACACAAUGUUUAUUAGGCCAAGUUAAAUAUCACAAUGUUUAGGCCUAGUGAAACAAUGUUGAGGCCAGGUAAAAUAACACAAUGUUUAUUAGGCCAAGUAAAAUAUCACAAUGUUGAGGCCAAGUAAAAUAACACAAAGUUUAUUAGGCCAAGUUAAAUAUCACAAUGUUUAGGCCUAGUGAAACAAUGUUGAGGCCAGGUAAAAUAACACAAUGUUUAAUUAUGGUCUGAGUAUCAUUAUGUAUUAUAACACUUCUUUUAUUUCUUUCAGAAAGAUCAACAUUUGAUAUGGAAGCCGAGACCUGGAAAGACAUAACAUUGCCAUUUUGUAAAAUAAAAAAUAAAAAAAUAUAAUCUAUUGCAAUCUAUACAUAAUAGCAUAACUGCAUGGCAUAAUUUUUAUAAAAUUAUUACUAUUUUACAAUAUAUUAUCAGUUUUCUCGACUUGCAGUGUGUCCUUUGCAGCUUUAAAAUAUAACCUACAUUUUCAGCCAAUGAAAAUUGGAGAUAUGCAAUCAUUAAGUACUAGGCUUAGUCAUUGAGAAUUUCAACUUUUAAAAAGUCCACCUUCUGCCACUCAUUGAUACACACACCCUGUGUCAGAUUUUGCGCUGACACUGCGUCGAGCAAUGAGGUUGUAUUCUAAGUCAAAUAGACGCCCUGAAGUAAAAAAAUAUGAUUAAGUAGGGCUCAUUUUCUACACUCACUCCGCCCAUUCUUAAUUAUUAAGAUUUUACUUCAUAUCAUCAAACUAUUACGAAACAUGGUAAUAUUAAAACCUUUUUGAAAUUUGGUAUAAAGAAUAUUACACUCUGAAUACAUUUCAUAAACUAAAUAAUUCAUAAUGGCAUGUUUGUCUUUUCCAGAGCUUGAUUGCUUAUGAAAUGUAACACAACUUUGAUUGUAUUAGGCCAAUAUAAGUUUAUUGCUAGAUUUUCAUCCAAAUUAUUUUCAAAUGGGGGGGGGGGUUGAUAUUUUAUCUUUUAUUUUUCUUAGAUGACUGUUUCACCAUUGAAUAUGUGUUCAUGCUGUUUCUUAUUGCAUAAGGGACCAUAUACAUGUAUUUCUAGAUGAACCACGAAAACCAUUGUUACAAUUUUCCUUUUUUUUCAAGUGAAUGUUAUACAUUGACACCGUAAUAAAGUACGUAAUAGUAAUAGUAAUAAUAGUAAUAGUAAUAAACACGGUUCCCAUACAGUACCGGACCGAUACGAAAAAAACAGACCCUAGUUCAAUGUUCCUAUUUGAGUCAAUAAAAUGUAAGGGGUGGCAGAAAAAUAAGGGGGCGGGCAGGGAUGAACAUAUUGCAACAAAUUUAUAGUGGCCUUCCUGAGAUGACAAUAAUACUGAAGUAUAUUUUAGAAUUUUAAAUUGUAUUGACUUGCUUCAUCUAUGUAUGACCAUUUUUCUUUCUCCAAGAUUAGUAUUGUAAACAAAAUGUACCUAUUUUCUGUUCUUCGAAUAUAACAAAAAGACUGAUUUGUUUUUAACAUUGAAUGUACAUUUAAUGAAUUUUAAUUUUCGUUCUGUGAAAGUGCAGUUGAAAUGACGAUUCAUUUUAAUACUGUUUUUAAAAGACUAAAAAUGAAAGUUAAGAACAGUUUAAAAGUUGUGUAUAUUUUAAAUAAAUGAAGUUUUAAAAUGAGAUUUUACAUAAGAUAUGCUUUGUUCAUUUAUGUGAGUUUUGGUUGGUGGUGACCUCAUACCAUUUUGGUGUGUACUAUGUAGACUAAGAACAUUUGAUAAUUCGAAAAAAAAUUCACCUUAAAAUAAUGCAAAAUGGGUUAUUUCUACUAUUCGAAUUCAGUUGAAAUAAAGAACGAAAAACAAACUUCAAUUACUUUAUCUAUAAUGAUUCUUAUGUCAUUAUUUUUCCAAAUUAUUUAUCAGUAAAUAAAACCUUUCAAAUGAAAGCUAUGAGGGGUCACCUGGCAUCAAAAUUUAACAUUAAAGCUGCACUUUGGCAGAUUGAUCGUUUUGACAACUUUUCAAGUUUUUGUCUUGGAAUGAGCCAAAUUUUGUGAAAUGUCUGAAAAAUGAUGAUAUUAGACUGGCCCCAAUUUCUCAAAACUUCUUAAGCUUAACAGGCUUAAGUAGCUUACUUCAAUUAGCCAAAAUUCAUACCAACAAUGGAUUUUGAUAAAUGAAAAAUGGUUUCUUCUAAUUAGCAUGCAGAUAUUUCUUAUAUUAUUUAUAAAAACUCUUAAAGAAGUAAAUAUAACGCAUAUUAUAGAACAACAAAAAUAGUGAGUUUAGCUUAAUCCUGUUAUAGGGGACUUAAGAAGUUUCGAGAAAUUGGCUCCUGAUGAUCAAAGAUGAGAUCGCAGUUAUUAAUAUUUACGCUCGAAAAUUAAUGUUUUACGGCUAAAAGCGUUACUAAGGCUUUAAGAAAAAUGAAAAUUUUGGCAGUUUACCAAAUAAUUGAGAUCUGUUCUAUUAUGAGUGAUCUUAUAUGACUGAUUUGUAAACACUGAUGCCAAAAUCAGCUGGUUCCGAGGCAAAAUAUGAAAAAGUUGUCAAUUCGGUAAAUCUGUUAGAGUGCAGCUUUAAAUGACAAGCUUAUUUUUACAUCAGAUACCUUAAAAUCAGCCAGAUGGGUGAGAAUCUUUAGAGAAUAUCAUACAAUUAUUUACUUACUUGCUGGGAAAUAUGCUGUCAUAUUGACCAAAAAAUCAUUUUGACCCAGCCUGAGGUCAAUAAUAAUUUUGUGAUCAAUAUGAACUGUAUAUUUCCCAGCUUAUAUUAAGUAAAUAACUGUUCUAUUACAUGAUACUGCAUGAUUUAUAAUGACGUCAUAUGAUAAACUGUUUUCGGUCUAUAAAUAGACAGGUCAAUAUGGCGUUUUAUUCUGUCUUUGAAAAUUGCUCUUUGUCCAAUCAUGGAUGGUUCAUUUUUUAGAUGAUGUAAUUUUUUAAUCAUUAACUUUUUUUUUAACUUAUUUGCUUUUAAAAAUUAUUUUUAAUAACAAUAUAAUGCAAAAUUAAUACAACUACCAUGAUGUAUGUAUUUUUCUUAUACUGUCAGUAUUUAACAGGUCUCAAUCAUAAAUCUACCAUAUCGCAAACAAAAAUGACCAGUUCAUAUAUUUAUUGUCUUGUUUUUUCUGUGAUUAUAUGUCUCAUAAUAUUUUAAACAUUAAUAAUUCAUAUAUAAUAUAUGCAUUUAACUUCUCAUUCCAUCAUAUAGUAUUUUCUCAAUACAUGUGAUUGAAAAUAAAAUGUUUGCCUUAUA